AUGGCGGGCGGGUCUUUUUCGUCCUUUGACCCUACGGGGGAGGGCAAAUGGGAAAUUUAUUACCAAAAGUUCAUGUUCCAUUGCCAACGUCAGAAGAUCGGUACUGAUGCACUGCGCAAGGCCGAACUAAUUUCGAUCUCAUCAGAUGAUAUGUUCGAGUUCAUGGAAAGCGUUUGUGAGACAUCCUUAUCGGACGAGGCACUGACAUUUGCUAUGAUUUGCACCAAAAUCGAGGCCCAUCUGCAGACCGGGAACGUGAUAAUGCUCACCGCAGAAUUCAAUACAAGAAGCCAGCUCCCAGGGGAGUCAAUUUCUGAGUACAUUACUGUCCUUCGGAAAAUGGCUAAACCUUGUGAAUUCGGGACCGCUUGUGAUAGGAAUAUAAGAGACAGGCUGGUAGUCGGGGUGAGGAGCAUGGAUACUAGGGCACUUCUGUUCAGGGGGGGAAAUCAAAUGACUUCUGAAGAGGCAUUUCAAAUAGCGAAAAGCGUCGAAAUGUCGCAGCAGAAUGCAGCCAAAACUGAGAACGGGCAUGGCCUGCACAAGGUGGCAUACAGCAAGAAUUAUGAGAAGAAUAAUAAUUCUGAGAAAAACAACAAGAAGUCCAAGUGCUGGCGGUGCGGGCGGGGUAACCACAAGCCUAAUGAGUGUCAUUUCAUAAAGACUGUUUGCAGAUUCUGUAACGUAGAAGGACACAUCGAGAAAGCCUGCAUAACAAAGAAGAAGGGCGGCAAGAAGACCAACCCGCCCUCUGCACAGCCGUCGAAAGUCCACCAGGUCACCGUCGAACCCCAUGGACAGCAAGUCCCGCCCAACAACGCGUACUCGGAGGCAGGUCCCUCGUGGGCCAACGAGUACAACGAGUACAGCCUCGGCGCCAUGCAGGUCGAGGUAAACAUCAACAAAGUUGGCAUACUAAACAUUCCUCCCCCUAUAAUGUUUCAGGCAGUGGUGGACGGAAAGAUCAUGGAAUUCGAAACGGAUUGUGGCUCACCGAUCGCACUCAUCAGCGAGGCGAUUCAAGAGAAGAGAUGGCCGGGAAAGAAGCUCGAGAAGUCACCAUUGAGACUCGCAACAUGGACCAAGAGCCCCGUCACCAUCAAAGGGUACUUCUGGGUGAAAGUAAGCCACAACAAUUGUCAUGAAAAUCUGCCUCUGUUUGUAGGAUACGGAGAAGGAACAAGUCUGCUGGGAAGGCAAUGGUUCGACUUUCUCGGGAUCGCUGUGACAGUCCACAACCAGGUCAACAAGGUCAACGUCACCGAGGGCCAGGGCAAGUUGGUCGCAGCGCCCGUCGAGCAAACGCCGCAAGAACUGCUGAGGUACGAGUGUUUUCAACCAGGCUUGGGUGAGUACAAGGGAAAGCCAAUCUCCCUCAAAAUUGACACCACCGUAAAGCCGAAGCGUUGUAAAGCUAGAAAAGUACCUUUUGCAAGGCGUAGGGCGGUAGAGCAAGUGAUUGAUUCCAAAGUAGCUCAGGGAGUAUGGAAAGGGCCUUUGCAGUCGGCCGAAUACUCCACACCAAUUGUCGCUGUUUUCCAAGACAAAGCAUUACCCAGGCUUUGUGGAGACUAUCGGGCGACAGCAAACUAG